UCAGCAGCGUGCCUCGCCUCAAUAGUCUCAGAUAUGGCGAGCGGUCGGACGGCUGCAGUUGUGGCCGGGGUGUGUGGGGGCCUUUUCGUCGCAUAUUGUAUUUAUUUUGACAGAAAACGGCGGAGUGACCCUGGCUUCAAAGAAAAACUACGUGAACGUAGAAGAAAACAAAAUGUGUCUAGUGACAAGUCUGGACUGGCAAGGCUACCUGACCUGAAGGAUGCGGAAGCUGUUCAGAAAUUCUUUCUGGAAGAAAUCCAGCUUGGAGAGGAGCUCCUUUCACAAGGUGACUUUGAGAAAGGCGUAGACCACCUGACGAAUGCGAUUGCAGUUUGUGGUCAACCUCAGCAGCUGCUUCAGGUGCUCCAGCAGACGCUGCCACCUCCAGUCUUCCAAAUGCUGCUCACCAAACUGCCCACCAUCAGCCAGCGUAUCAUCAACUCUCAGCCUUUAUCAGAAGAUGACGUUGAAUGAAAGUGUUCUCGAUGGAAGUCUGCUAGUGAUCAUCAGCUCUCCGUCUGUAACGAAGAUUUAGUCGAAUGUAUGCGCUUGCGGGUGAGAUUGCUCGGAUGUUCUGACUACUUCAUACUGAUGUUUGUGCACUGUUUGGGGCGUGUGACUGCAGUUGUGAGUGAUUAUGGCUAAGCUUGACCUUUGGACAUCAGGUGAAUGAUCACUCUUUUAUCAUGGCACUCCGAGGUGAAAUAAGCCUGCAGGGUGAUGUUUGUAGGAGUGGUGAAACGCAUUCCAUCUUAUCUUGUUCCCACCAGAUCUCUUGUUUUCUAUCAUUCUAUUAAUUUCCCUCAGAAGUAAUGUGCUUUAUUCUGCUGGUAUGUUAUGUGCUUAAUAAAGAAAACCACAUAUGUAAAUAAAUUGUUACUUAUUGCUGUGCACAUACUCUACAUGUGAAGUGUUUAAGAGUGCCUUCACUAAACUCAACACUUUUUUUGUGCACUAUUUAGUUGUCGAAUAAUUUUAUUUUUAUAUUUCAGUCUUGCAUCUCUGGUCAUAUUUUUGUGUGUAAAAUCCUACAAUAAAAAAAUGAAAACACA